AUGAAAAUUGAAACGAAGUUAGUGACAGACAAAGGUCUUCACACUCUUCAAACAUCAGUACAGUUUCAUGGAGGAUAUGUUCGUAAUAGCUACAAUAAUUGUGAAGAGGUAAAUGAAAGAGUAUCAAAAUUUAUCUUCGAACAAAACAAGCCCAAGGAUGAUAAUGAUGAAAGCGACGAGAUCGACAAGUUCUUUAAAAGUCCCACCGAAAAAAAAUCGUCCAAUCUAUUUUCGAAAAAAAUGGACAACUCAAUCAAGAAAUGGCGAAAAUUAAGCAGUGAACGAGGCAUUGCCAACAAAACGGAUGACAAGAAAGACAAGCUCGAUGAAGCACAAGGCUCCCCUACAUCUGAGGAGGAAGAUUCAGAUUACGUACCAAGUGACAAUGAGGAUCAGAAUCCUCCACCAUUGCUGACAUCAUCACAGUUCAAGUGUUUUGAUGAAUCCUACGCAAAAAUGAAAAAGACUCAAAAAUGGAUUCUAUCAACUGGAACGUGCGUCGAGGAUGCUAUCUUCGAGCAUUGCAGUAAAUUAUCAGCUGAAUCACUUCUACAUUCAUGGAUCGUUGAUUUGGAUGAUCAGGAGGCAGAGGCACUAUUUACAGUUAAAGAAUGGAAAGAAAUACGCAGUGAAAUCAGAAGGUUACCAAAGGUUGACGAAACCUUUGUUGAGUCAUUGAUGCGAUUUGCCAAUGUUAAGACUACAAGUGAGCUAAGACACAUCCUAGAAACAACAUCCUACCGAAAUAUGGAUGAGCCUUAUGACCGAGAGAAACACUAUGAUGCUGAAUGGUAA